AUGGCAGACGAUGAUGACGAUGCGGACAAGGGACUGGCUGGCCUGAGCCCGGAGUUUCAGGCGAUGGUUGGUGGCAUGGCCGGCCACACGGCCAGUUUCGCGAAGCUGUUGGAGAAGCGGGCCGCCAAGGUGUCAAAGGAGGCCGGGAAGAAGAAGGACGACGAGGAGUUCUUCGAGUCUUACGCCGACCUCGCCAUCCACGAGGAGAUGUUGAACGACCGCCCCCGCUGCGAGGCGUACCGCGAGGCCAUCAAGUUCCACCAGGCGGACUGGGCAGAGAGGGGCAACGUUCGCGUGAUCGACGUGGGGUCAGGCACGGGGCUCUUGGCCGUGCUGUGCGCCCGCGCGAACGCGCACCACGUCAUCGCCGUGGAGGCUUCCCGCCUGGCACACUUCGCGAGGCAGGUGGUGGAGACCAACACCGCCCCCGGGGCCGUGGAGGUGCGCGAGUGCCGCGCGGAGGAGCUGGCCCUGGAGGACGACGCGAAGGUGGACAACAUGCUCCCCUCCGUGCUGGCGGUGCGAGACAGGUGCCUGAGGCAGGGCGGACUGAUGCUGCCGUCGCGCUGCCGUCUGCUCGUCGCACCCCUGGAGGACCCGGCCUGGCGAGCGGCGCGCCUGGGCUUCUGGGGCGACGUGCAGGGGGUUGACAUGUCCUGCCUGCUGCCGCUGGCCACGGCCACCGCCUGCGAGAAGCCGCACCACCGCCUGGUCCCCGCCGACGGCCUGCUGGCGGGGGCGACCGAGGUGCUGAGCCUGGACCUGUCCACGGUCGGGGACGGGGACCUGCGGCGGUUCGAGGCCGCCCUCCGCUUCGAGUUGCCGGCCGGGCGGCGGCUGGACGGCUUCGCCAGCUGGUUCGAGUGCGAGUUCGGCGCGGCCGGCUGGCUGCUCUCGACGUCGCCGUCGCGCGAGCCGACGCACUGGAGGCAGACGGCGUUCUACCUCCGCGAGCCCAUCGAGGGCGGCGGGGGCGCAUCCGUGGAGGGCUCCGUCCGGAUCGAGCGCGACGAGUCCUACAGCCGGGGCUACCGCGUGACGUUUGACAUAGGCGCAGCCGGGCGCAAGCGGCGCGUGGAGUCCUACAAGCUCGGCUGA